AUGGCAACAGCCCUACAGAGCUUUCGCCUCACGGCGAGGAGCUGCAAAUGUCAGUCUGUUGCACAGCGAUACGCCACAAAGUCAAUUGGGAGACGGAGAACAUUUUCAACAGCGCCUCUUCGAUGGAAAGAGCAGGAUGACACUGAUGCUCGUGUCAAUGCUAUCCUUGAAAAAGCGGCCAAGGACUCCGAGGCAGAAUAUGGGAAAUGGCUGGGGGAGCAGGUCGCCACUUUUGACCAGCAGAUGAAGGAAACGGAGGAGUCAGCGAAAGCGGCAUUUGCUCGAGCCGGUCAACCACCAACCUUUGACUGGGAGAGGAUAAAGGUGAAGACGAAGAAUACCUUUCUGAACAUGGGUGAGACCGAUCCUGUUGAUGGGUUUCCCGAUGACGAGGAAGAGAACGAGGAGGAUAUCACGAGUCUUGCGCAUGGGGAGUUGGAACACCAUAGGGAGAUGAGACAUUAUGCUAGAUUGGCGGCUUGGGAGAUGCCAAUGUUAUCAACGCUGGCAAAGCCAUUUGAACCACCUUCGGUCGACAUGCCAUUGCGAUUCAGAUACACCACAUAUAUGGGCGAACAACACCCAGCGGAGAAGAAAGUCGUUCUGGAGUUCUGUACAGAGGAUAUGCCAGAUCUGACGCCCGUCCAGCGCGAAAAGCUGAAGAAGUUGGUUGGAGUGAGAUACAACCCCGAGACGGAUAUUGUCAAGAUGAGCUGUGAGAUGUUUGAGACCCAGGCUCAAAACAAACGCUAUCUGGGAGAUUUAGUUGAUGAGCUUCUCCGAGAAGCAAGGGAUCCUACCGAUACUUUUGAGGACAUUCCCUUAGAUACCCGGCAUCAUACCUUCAAGACAAAACCCAAGUUCCCACAGGAGUGGGCCAUGACAGAAGAGCGCCGGGCAGAGUUGGCCGCAUAUCGUGAAGAGGCUGCAAGACGAGACGAGGAGCGCAUGGUCAGGGGAGGACUCGUAGAUGGCGUCAAGCAGAUUGAAGAGGCUCUUAUUAGGCCCCCACCAGAGACAGAGGCAGUGCCUGAAAUGGUGAUGGCCGGCAGGGGCGCCAAAGGAAAGGGCAAGCGGGUGGCUGUGAGAAGGUAG